UUGCUCAGUUGGUUUUCGAAACAGCGUGGAGAGCCAGCCCGUACGCCGCGAUAAGUACUAUGCGGAAUUAUGACUGAUCGAGCGUGCGAAACAGCUGUCGGUUUUCAGUUUUGAAGCUGUGUUAUUACCGUUGAGUAUACUCAAACGAGUGCUUCAUAUUUUUAUAGUAGAAGAAACGCGUACCAAAGUUUUCGUGUUUUUCUUAUUUCUUGUUUUUUAAAUUUUGUUAUUGUUGUUGUGAACAAUUGACCUAGAAUUCUCAGCAACAUUAUUGAUUUUCGUUUUAUUGAUUAAUCAUUACAAUUGUGCGUAUAAAACUGUAUUAAAGUGCAAUGUCCAAUAUGGAUUGGGUGUGGUGGAAGGAUUGGUGGCGCGUCAAACGGCUACGUAAACGUUUGCGGCAUGCCUUUGAUGCACGCGAACAACAAGAAGCCGCUGAAAACGCGGAAGGCACAUCAGCUACCAAACAUUGUCGCGCGUGUAAUAAGGCACUGCCGGACAUUAGUUGCAUGGACGAGACGGGUCGCCCGUGUCGUCGUUGUCGGCGUAGACAUGUCGCCGCCAAUACGGCUGUGGCUGGUGGCAGCGGUGUUGAACGCACGCCGGCAGCAGCCAAUAAGCCAGAUGACUAUGAGAAUAAUGGCUAUUGCUUUGAAGAUCAUCCCGAUGAGGAGGAUGAAGAUGAGGCGUGUGGUGGGCACAAUGAUGUGCCGCUCGGUGUGGGCUUCGAUGACGUUAAUUAUUAUUAUGGGGAGGACGAUGAUGUCGGCUAUGAUAAUGUAGCGGACGAUGACUUUUGCUAUUGCGACGAGUGUUGGAAUGGAGACGGCGAAAGCAAUGACGGCAUGGACUCGGAUUGCAGCACCUGUUCGAAUCCUGGCAAACAAGUGGUUGUGGGCAUUUGUGCCAUGGCUAAGAAGACGCAAUCGAAACCGAUGAAAGAGAUCUUAACACGCUUGCAAGAAUUCGAAUUCAUUAAAAUGCUUAUAUUUUCCGAAGAUGUCAUUUUGAAGGAACCGGUAGAAAAUUGGCCGCUGUGUGAUUGUCUCAUUUCGUUUCAUUCGAAGGGCUUCCCACUGGAGAAAGCCAUACAAUAUGCGCAACUGCGCAAACCCUACGUGCUCAACAACUUACACAUGCAAUAUGACAUACAAGACCGGCGCCGUGUUUAUGCUAUACUAGAAAAGGAAGGCAUUGAAAUACCACGUUAUGCGGUUUUAGAUCGUGACUCGCCAGACCCGAAACAACACGAGCUCAUUGAGUCUGAGGAUCACGUUGAGGUGAACGGUAUUAUUUUUAAUAAACCUUUUGUGGAGAAGCCCGUCUCGGCCGAGGAUCAUAAUAUCUACAUUUACUAUCCCACAUCGGCAGGUGGCGGCAGUCAGCGUCUCUUCCGCAAGAUUGGCAGUCGCAGCAGCGUUUAUUCGCCAGAAUCGCGUGUGCGUAAAACCGGUUCAUUCAUCUAUGAAGAUUUCAUGCCCACUGAUGUAUACUUUUCAGGCACGGACGUUAAGGUGUACACAGUCGGACCAGAUUAUGCACAUGCCGAGGCCCGUAAGUCCCCAGCAUUGGACGGCAAAGUAGAGCGUGAUAGCGAGGGUAAAGAAAUACGCUAUCCAGUCAUAUUAAACAAUGCUGAGAAGCUCAUCUCACGCAAAGUUUGUUUGGCUUUUAAGCAGACCGUGUGCGGCUUCGACUUGUUACGCGCCAAUGGUAAAUCCUAUGUUUGUGAUGUGAAUGGCUUCAGUUUCGUUAAGAAUUCGAAUAAAUAUUACGAUGACUGCGCCAAGAUACUGGGCAACAUGAUAUUGCGUGAGCUCACACCGACCCUUCAUAUACCAUGGCUUGUGCCCUUUCAGCUGGACGAUCCACCCAUUGUGCCGACCACUUUUGGCAAGAUGAUGGAAUUGCGUUGCGUGGUGGCGGUAAUAAGACACGGCGAUCGCACGCCCAAACAAAAAAUGAAGCUCGAAGUGCGGCAUCCCAAAUUUUUUGAGAUAUUUGAGAAGUAUGAUGGCUAUAAGGAUGGUCACGUGAAAUUGAAGCGUCCGAAACAACUGCAAGAAAUAUUGGAUAUUGCUAGAUAUCUGCUAUCGGAAAUACAAAACAAGUCAGCCGACGCCGAGAUACAAGAGAAGGAGAGCAAGUUAGAACAAUUAAAAAAUGUGCUUGAAAUGUACGGACACUUCUCUGGCAUAAAUCGUAAAGUACAAAUGAAGUACCAACCGAAAGGUCGUCCACGUGGCUCUAGCUCCGAUGACGUAGAUGCACCUAAAGAGCCGUCUUUAGUUCUGAUCUUAAAAUGGGGUGGUGAGUUAACGCCUGCUGGUCGCAUACAAGCGGAGGAAUUGGGACGCAUUUUCCGUUGCAUGUACCCUGGUGGUCAGGGUCGACAGGACUAUUCAGGCACACAAGGCUUGGGACUGUUGCGUUUACACUCCACAUUUCGUCAUGACUUGAAAAUAUAUGCUUCCGACGAGGGACGCGUACAAAUGACGGCCGCCGCUUUUGCUAAAGGGCUGCUGGCGUUGGAGGGUGAACUCACACCGAUAUUGGUGCAAAUGGUGAAGAGUGCUAAUACAAAUGGUUUGCUGGAUAAUGAUUGUGACUCUAGUAAAUACCAAAAUCUGGCCAAGCAACGUCUGCAUGAUUUGAUGCGCGUUGACCGUGAAUUUUCCGCUGACGAUCGUGAGGUGAUUAAUCCGUGCAAUAGUAUUUCCAUUAAUCAAGCGCUCGAUUUUGUGAAGAAUCCUGUAGAAUGUUGCAAUCACGUACACAAACUAAUCAAAGAAUUGUUAACCAUUAUAAGUGUAAAGAAAGAAGAUCCCAAAACUAAAGACGCUAUUUUGUACCAUGGUGAAACAUGGGAUUUGAUGGCACGUCGUUGGGAGAAAAUUGAAAAGGAUUUCAGCACCAAAUCUAAACAGUACGACAUUUCAAAAGUACCCGACAUUUACGAUUGCAUCAAAUACGACUUGCAGCACAAUCAACACACGCUGCAAUACGAUCAGGCCGAAGAAUUGUACAUAUACGCCAAGUACCUAGCAGAUAUCGUCAUACCACAGGAGUAUGGUUCAACUGUGCAAGAGAAGUUGGCCAUUGGUCAGGGCAUUUGUACGCCAUUAUUGAAGAAAAUCAAAGCCGAUUUGCAGCGUAACAUCGAAGAAGUCGGCGAUGAGUCGGUAAAUAGACUAAAUCCACAUUACAGUCAUGGUGUCGCCAGUCCGGGACGUCAUGUACGAACACGCUUGUACUUCACCAGUGAAAGUCAUGUGCACUCAUUGUUAACUGUUUUGCGCUAUGGUGGUUUGCUGAAUGUGUUGAAUGAUGAACAGUGGCGACGUGCCAUGGAUUAUAUUUCCAUGGUGUCGGAGUUGAAUUACAUGUCACAGGUUGUGAUAAUGCUGUACGAGGAUCCCACAAAAGAUCCUACAUCAGAGGAACGUUUUCAUGUGGAACUACACUUCAGUCCGGGUGUCAAUUGUUGUGUGCAGAAAAACUUGCCACCCGGUCCUGGCUUUCGACCGCACUCACGCAAUGAUUCUGGCCAUCCCAAGCAAUUGGGAUCAAGUAAUUCUUUUCUAAAAAAUAAUUCCGCUGGAGAUGAAGCAAAUCCGCCGCGUAUAGAGGAGGAAAACGACUCGGAGGAUAGUCCUGUGAGGAGCCAAUCAGAUGGUUAUGAUAAGGACUCACCACCUCACACUAAACAUCAAAAAUCCAAACCAAUACCAAUUGGUGCACAUCACACGGUAAGCGGUCAUGAAGCGGCGCACUUGGCAAAACGUCUCAAUGAAGAAUUGGCUUCACAACAACAUUCACUGGAAUCACAACGCCCCAUCAGUCCCGAUGCCGAGCCGCGUUCACGGAGCUAUGAACAACGCGAUCAAAAACGUGCUAAAGAUGCAGUUGCAUCUAUGCCUCAGCACACGUCCCCUCUAACUGGUACUAAUAACAAGCAUGAAUUCAAGGAGAUACUGAACACGCGCUCAAAUCCAAAUUUCGCUGCAAGCGCCGGCGGCGCAUUUCACAUACGUGUUACCGAUAGCUUGACUUUCUAUAAAAUCGACUCGUCCACCAACGAGUUGCCAUUGUCCGAUAUUGAUUUCUCACUCAAUCCGCUAACACCGGAAUCCCCUUGCAAUGAACAUAAGUCGAAUGCGACGCGUCAAAAGCGUCAUAUGCGCCUACUGACUAUGCGCGCCAUCGCCAGCAUUGACGAGCCGGACGCCGCUAACGAAUUGUAUUUACCGAAAAUAUCGCCAUGUGCUACCAAUGAGCGUCCGCUUUCGUGCAAUUGCCUUAGCGGCGGUGGCGCUUUCGACGAUAACUUGCCGCACUCGCAUUCGAAGAGCAUGGCUGACAUCAGUCCGCUCAACGAGGGCGAAAUGUUGCACUUUGUUUUGGGCAGUUCGCCGAUUUCCGCUUCACGCGUGGCCUCUAUUGAUGACUUUCAGUUGUCCUGUUCGGCGCCUGCCACCAUACUUAACAGCGAGUUCCGUUUGCGUCGGCAGCAGGAACAGUGUACGGUAGUCGAUCAGCUGCGUGUUGAUUUGCCGUCAAAUUCGCCGACCGCUUCCACAUUGAAAUUGUGUCAAGAGUCCGAUGAGAGACAGCUGCAGCAGCAAGCAAAAUCGCAACAGAAAUACGCCACAGAGCUGUGCGGUGGCGUGAGCGCUGACGUUGAGCGUGUGCCUGAUAUGAAGACCGUCUCGUUGAGCAGCUUGCCCACCGUACAGUCGGCGCCGGUGAUGAUAGAUGUUGAAAAUCCCUUCAAGUUUACGCAGCAAGCUCAACAACCAUUUGUAAAUAAAUUUACUACAAUCAAUGAAUUUGAUAAUACACAUGCUACUAACACCGCUUUCUCUUCUACCGUUCAAUCCUCGUCUGCCUGCGACUUUGACACAUUAACCCAACACAAAAACCCGGACACACACGCUGACAAACGCGCCACUAAUUAUCAUCAUAAUUCACGCUUACGCCGACAACAACAACACCAACACCAAAAUAAAUUAUUUAACCAACCACAACAACAAACACAACAAAAACACGCACUGCAUGCAAAUGCCGCGCGCAUACCGGACGUUAUCGUCACUUUGAGCUCAUCCUCAAAUGAUUUGUCUAAUCUAAUGCCUGAUACUAACCAAUUCAAUUCGAAACUCACUCCUACCGUUCCUACAACUUACGACCCAACAAAUAUCACUACCACAACAACCAUAAUCACUACGAACACAACAACUACGCCCAAUAUCAAUGACAAUAUGUCCGCGUCCGCGUCCAUGUCUACGUUUACGUCCAUGUCUACAUCCAAAUCCACACCCAUGCCCUCGUCCGUGGUCGCCCCCAACUGCACCUCGACCGCUACUUCCGCCGCAGAUGGCAAUGCGACGCCAGUAUCAUCCUCAUCGUCGGUAUCGUCUCGACGUCAAAGACACAGUAUUGCCGGCCAGAUGUCGUAUAUGAAAAUGUUGGGAUUCGGUGGUUUUAGCAAAAAGAUGGCCACCAGCUCAAGUAGUCUAUUUAGCACGGCAGUUAUAAGCGGCAGCUCAUCGGCACCCAACCUAAGGGAUAUGAUACCAUGUGCAGUUUCUUCAUCAGGUUUCGGCGGUGUACCACCAAUUCGACCACUAGAGACGCUACACAACGCACUCUCACUGAAGCAGCUCGAUCAAUUUCUACAUAAGAUGACCACAUCACCACUCUUCAAAACGCCAGCAUCGUCGCCGCCCAAGCAUCCAUCAACACCACAACAAGGCCUGCAGGGUGCGCUACAAUCUAUGUGCUCCUUGGAGGCGGCUACAAGUUACUUGUCCGGUGACAGCAUGUGUCAAUGUCAGGAGGCCGAAAAGGUACGUGAGCCAAUGUUGAAGAAUGCAAUAUGCAUACAUCCAACAGUCGGAAUAGCAUUGGAGCAGGGUGCAACCGAAGCUGCAACGACAGAAGCAGCCGCCACAGCCGCAGCAACAACGUCUGAACGCGCUAACAAAUACAAUAAUGCCGAUGCAAACGCAACGACAGCAGCACAGCCAACUGUUGGAAUGUGGAGCCAACAGUCGAGCGUUGCUAGCAGCACCGAACCUUCAUCCCCAGCCAUUUCGGACACUUACUCGCAUGAAACACCCAGCGGCGAAAUGUCCAUUAGUAUAACCAGCGCCGAGGGUAGCGUUAACAUACUGCCCGUAGCCGAAGAGCUCGUCAAAUUCUUUCCACAAAUCGAGGAUGAAGACCUGAAUGCGGUUUCCGUGUAUACGCCCAUGAAUACGGACGCCUUGGAUGUCGAUGUUGAUGGAGUGUUCACAUUCGGCGGAGGCAGCAGUCGUGGUGAUGUAAGCGCUUGUCUAACGCCGGUUAGCUUUGGCAUGGACAUAAGCAUGAUUGCGAACAAGGGAUCGAUGACGCUUUCAGUUGAUGGCUUCGAUGAUGACGAAGAAACUACGCUUUCAGCCGCCACAACACCAUCGCUACCUGUAGAUGAGCCAAAACUGGAGACCUGCUAUUGCUGUCCCACUCACGCUGAGAUGGCCGAACCUCCCGAUGUCGAGGACGCAUUCGAUGUACUCCACGAACCACUUAAAAUACCAGAUACAAAAAUUAUCAGUUCUUCACCGGAGGCGCAUAUAUUUGGCGAACCGACAUCGUUGCCGCCAUUGCCACUUUACGGCGAAAAUCCGUUACGACGUGGUGCACGAAAAGCAACCGAUCCUAUAUCGCCGAAAAUCAAGAAGCAAAUAAGUCUCUUCGAGGGCGGCGAAUAUGAACGUCAAAAGGAGUACAACAAUCUACAUGCGUCAAUCAAUAUACCGUCGGCCUCCACGUUGAAGCAGGAUGCACGUUUGCGCAAAUUUGAGACGCUCACGCAAUCUACUUCCAAUUCUAACUUUCCAUUUGCAAGUAAUACCUUGAAGCGCGCCCAGCACAAUACUUCCGAAUUGGACGACGUCAGUCACACACAAUCGUGUAUUAAUCUGAAAAGUUCUGUGUGCGGUUCGCCCGCAAUUUCCGUUACAGCAUCGCCACUUCAUAAAGCCGCACCGAUGGCGAUUGUCACACAACCUCUUGCUAGUGCGACAACGUCUCCCGCAGUGACGGCGCAUGGUGCUACCGCCGACGCAGACAGUGUUGGUCCACCACGACCUGGUGCUUUGAUUGUCAAAGAACGUUUCAUAGAGCCGCCAAAACGUAUACCGCGCAGUUUUCACAGCAAAACUCAGUCCAUGGACGCCGACUUCUUGUUCAAUGAAUUUUUGUUGGUACCAGCGCGUUCGCCAACCCACGCACCCAUCUCACCGGAGGGUGGUAGCCGUACGAGCAGCGCAAGCACAUCUCCAGCGUCGCGUUCCAACUCACGCUUUAUGGCGGCUAAAAUUGUGGAUGAUAUGGCCACACUGCAGCGCAAAUAAGCCUGAAUAGCGUGUGGAAAUCGGGGAAAUAGUUUUAAAAUCGCUGCUUUGAAAGCGUUAUUCCAAUUCCAUUGUAAUGUUUUGAAUUGAAUUGCUGUUUGUGCUAACACAAUUAUAAAUUAAUUGAAACUCAAUUAAUAACUCUUGACUUAAGAAUAACAUGUCAAAUUAUUUAUUUUUCCUAUAAACAUUGCAUUAUAUGUUAUGUGUGCGACAUUACCUGUGGUCUAAUAAAGUUGAAACAUGUUAAGUUUACUAACUUUACAAAAAUGUUAAAUUUCAUAUGUAUAUUAUUAGUGAAAAUGCGAAGUAAGUACACGAACUUGUUCUUCUUCGACCUUAGCAAGACAGUCCUGGGUGGACUAUUGCUCCCGCAACUAUCUUCGUCCAGAUUUCUCGAUCCGUUACUAAGGGCUAUCAACUUCUCAUGCUCAUCCCUUUGAGGUCAUCAAUCAC